UGUAUCCGGUCUUAUGUUGUACAUCCAUAUAUACUGUAUCCGGUCUUAUGUUGUACAUCCAUAUAUUCUGUAUCCGGUAUUAUGUUAUACAUCCAUAUAUACUGUAUCCGGUCUUAUGUUAUACAUCCAUAUAUUCUGUUUCCAGUCUUAUGUUAUACAUCAAUAUAUUCUGUAUCCGGUCUUAUGUUAUACAUCCAUAUAUUCUGUAUCCGGUCUUACGUUGUACAUCCAUAUAUUCUCUAUCCGGCCUUACGUUGUACAUCCUGUUCUCUGCACGCAUAGUGAAGUGAAAUCUCUAUAUAAAGACUAAUCAUAACAUAUUCAUUAUUAUUUCAAAAAAUCGUCACACAACAUGGAUAUAUGUAACACUGCAGCUAUCUAUCUAUCUCAUUUAUUUCUAUCUAUCUAUCCCCUUUUCUUUCCUGUAAUAUUCUUUGCUUGGUUUAUUUUUCCUGCCGGGUUCAGUCUGUUUUUAAACUUAGUUGUAAAAUCAUGCUUAUUCAUGACUAGAGACGGCAGUACAUUUUAUGGAAUUCAUGACUAGAGACGGCAGUACAUUUUAUGGAAUUCGUGACUAGAGACGGCAGUACAUUUUAUGGAAUUCAUGACUAGAGACGGCAGUACAUUUUAUGGAAUUCGUGAUUUAAACAAGUUUAAGAAUGGGGAAUGCUCUGAUAACCUACUGGAACUCUGUAUCUAGUUCUAUCUCUAAUAUAACAACAGCAACAUGGUCUGGGAUAUCCUAUCCGUUCACUUGGCCUUCAGCCUCAGCAUCAGGUAGUUAUCAUAUGCUGCUGUGGAAUACUGAGUGUAGGUUUUGUGAUCUUAUUCAGCCAACUGGAACCUGGGUCGGAAGAUUCUUAAAUUACAGGAAGAAAAGAGAAGAUCCAUCCACUAGAUUCAGACAAAGUAUCAUACAAUCCCUAAGGUUUCCGUCCUACCCGGAGAAGGUUCAGACCAGGGUAGGGCGAGGAGAAGAACAGGUUCAAGAGAAGGUUAAAAUCCCGGAACAAAAAAGCGGAAGAAUCCUGUGGAGCAAACUCGGAUUUUAAGUUUUGAAUAUACAUGUUUUCUGGACGCCAUAAUCAAAAUAUAUGUUAAGUAUUUAGCAAAAUAAA